CCGGCCCGGCCUGAUCCUAUCCUCUCUGUUCCCGGUUUCCUCCUGGUCCGACCCAUUGCCCGGCCGUGGUACGCCGCACCAGACUUCCAAAGCUGAGGUCUCUCCUCCAGCCCGGGAUCGCCUUCACUUUAGAGAUGUUUGGCAUCUUCUCUCUCAAGCAGCCCGCCUUCAAAACCGGGACUCUUGGAGUGGCACCUCGCCCUCUCUCCCUCUAAGAUUUCCCUUUCCUCUAGCCCGUAGCUUCUUCUUUUGGAGAACCAAGAUUGCACACUUCCCUUCCAAAUUAAUCCCCCAAACUCUCACAUCCUUGACAGCACCCUCUCUGAAGAGACAGCCUUGCUUUCGGACUGAGCUCCAUAGCCCUAUCAUGGAGGCUGUGUACCUGGUAGUGAAUGGGGUGGGCCUGGUGCUGGACGUGCUGACCUUGGUGUUGGAUCUCAACUUCCUGCUGGUGUCCUCCCUCCUGGCUUCCCUGGCCUGGCUCCUGGCCUUCAUCUACAACCUGCCACACACGGUACUGACUAGUCUUUUGCACUUGGGCCGAGUCGUCCUGCUUUCACUGCUGGCCGUGAUUGAAGCCUUGGUCCGGUUCACCUAUGGAGGCUUGCAGGCCUUGUGUACCCUGCUCUAUAGCUGCUGUUCUGGCCUGGAGAGCCUAAAGCUCCUGGGGCACCUGGCCUCUCAUGGGGCGCUGCGGAGUCGGGAGCUACUGCACCGAGGUGUCCUCAAUGUGGUCUCCAAUAGCCAUGCUUUGCUGCGCCAGGCCUGUGACAUCUGUGCCAUUGCCAUGAGCCUGGUGGCCUAUGUGAUCAACAGCCUAGUCAACAUCUGCCUCAUUGGCACACAGAACCUCUUCUCCCUGGUGCUGGCCUUGUGGGAUGCAGUGAUGGGGCCUCUGUGGAGGAUGACAGAUGUGGUGGCCGCUUUCCUAGCCCACAUUUCCAGCAGUGCUGUGGCUAUGACCAUCCUCCUUUGGACCCCCUGCCAACUAGCACUGGAAUUGCUGGCUUCAGCUGUUCGGCUCCUGACUAGCUUUAUGCUUGUCAAUCUCACUGGCUUGGUGUUAUUAGCUUGUGUGCUGGCAGUGACUGUGACUGUGUUGCAUCCGGACCUCAUCUUGAGGCUGGCCACUCAAGCCUUCAGUCAGCUUCAUGCCCGGCCAUCCUACCAUCGACUCCGAGAGGAUGUUGUGCGGCUCUCUCGCUUAGCACUGGGUUUGGAGGCCUGGCACCGAAUCUGGAGCCGUAGCCUACAGUUGGCAACCUGGCCGAACCGGGGAGGGGCACCUGGGGCCCCCCAGGGCAUUCCUAGAAGAGUGUUUUCAGUCAGGACCCAGGGGCAGGACACACUUCUGGAAACAGUGCCCAGAGCAGGGGCAGAAGAAGAGGAGAUCGGGACCAUCAGAACAACACCUGCCCGGGGCCGGGAGAGACUCAAUGAGGAGGACCCGACAGCUGGGCAAGACCCAUGGAAGUUGCUGAAGGAGCAAGAGGAGCGGAAGAAGUGCGUCAUCUGCCAAGACCAGAGCAAGACCGUGCUGCUCCUGCCCUGUCGGCACCUGUGCCUGUGCCAGGCCUGCACUGAAAUCCUCAUGCGCCACCCUGUCUACCACCGCAACUGUCCACUCUGCCGCCGCGGUAUCCUGCAAACCCUCAAUGUCUACCUCUAAAGACUCCCUGCCUGCCUGCCCACCCUCCACGCUCCACGCAGACUGCGCUAGGAUGGCAUUAACAGCUAACCUCUGGGUUCUGGCCUCAAUUCCCUCUGCCCCCUUGGCUGCCCUGCCAAAGUGUCAAGCCAUACGUCCACAGAGAUGGGAUACCCUGCAAGACUUCAAUCUGGUUGGGGCAGGGUAACAUAGCUUCUCUGAAUCUGGUGGGUCCUUUGAUGCUGAGGGUGGUGAGUAUGUCACUAUGCAAGGGCCCUAAGACUGUUCGCAGUGCUGUCUUCCAGCCUGCCCAGGGCCCACCCAUAUGCCAGCCGCUGGGGCUCUCCCUGUCUGCUUCCAGUUUGUUGGGGUUUUGUAGGCCCUUUUCCUGCCUCCUUCUCACUUUCUCCCUAGCUUCUGCAGCCACAACACAUCAUUGUCAUUCGGGUGUUUUGACAACUCGAGGGCCUUGGGAUGGUACUGAACCUUUGUGUUCAGCCAGAGCCACUGUGCCCUGGUAGGUUUGGGAGUAGAAUCUCUCAGGUGCUCUUAGAGCCACUUCUGCCUGUCAUGAUCUUAUGAGACUCCCUUCCAACCCCAUCCAAAAGCUGGGAUCAGGAGUGUACUCCUAUAC